AUGUCUACAAACGGCGAAAGCCCAGGCGCUGAAGCUGCUGGCGAUUCGAGAGAUCCCAGUGGCUUUCUUAGUGAGAUCAUUGGCGCUCCUGUCACGGUGAAGCUCAACUCGGGCAUCAUUUACAAAGGUGUGCUUGCACGUGCCCAAGUCACAUUCUCAUGUCUGACCUCAAGGAUAGGAGAACUUCAAUCAGUCGACGGCUAUAUGAACAUUGCACUUGAGCGAUGCAGAGAAGUCUCAGAAGGAAGAGUGACACGCAACUGGGGGGAUGCUUUUGUUCGUGGCAACAACGUCACAUACAUCUGUGCAGACAACGCCUGA